AUGGACCUAGGGGAGAGUGCUCCAAAACGAAAGAAAAAAUCUGCUAAACGCCAUAGGGUACCGAGAAAAAGCUCGUCAAAGUUUUGCCGCCACGUAUAUCCCCGCGCUCGGAGCCAGCAACUGGGAGCGUGGUGAAGUGGCAGUGUUCUUGAAUGGCGCUGACGCGAUGCUAGGUUCGAUUCCUUUUGACGUCAAACUUUUUGCUCUUGUUUAUUCAAUUCUUCUGCAAUCUAUCAUCAAACAAAAACAGCAAAAAAAAAAGUUUGAAAAAGUUCUAAUAAUUGGUUCAUGGCUUUCGAGAUCACAACACGAUGGGAUCGAAACAAUAUAAGUGAAAAAUCACUCGUGAAAAAAAAAGAAAAAAGCUUUCUCCUUUCUUCUUUCCCAAAUUUCAAUCAACUCCUUCAAUUCAAACUUUUUUUUUGCUGUUUUUGUUUGAUGAUAGAUUGCAGAAGAAUUGAAUAAACAAGAGCAAAAAGUUUGACGUCAAAAGGAAUCGAACCUAGCAUAGCGUCAGCGCCAUUCAAGAACACUGCCACUUCACCACGCUCCCAGUUGCUGGCUCAGCACUCCGAGCGCGGGGAUAUACGUGGCGGCAAAACGUUGACGAGCUUUUUCUCGGUACCCUAUGGCGCUUAGCAGAUUUUCUCUUUCGUUUUGGAGCACUCUUCCCUAGGUCCAUCUACCAUAUAAGCCUCAAUUCCUAACUCGAUGUUCACCGCGCACACAGCCCUUGUAAGGGGUCUUUGAGUACAAGCGAUGACUAGUCUCUGAGCGCUCUUUGGACUUUUUGGCGAUUGGCAAGCUUCCUUUCUUAUUAGUUUAUUAUUGGGUUCUUCUAGGCAACCGAGGAAGUUUUUCGGGAAAGUGCAGCUUCAAGAGAAGCUGAAAAAGAAGAUGCUUUUGAGAGCCUCGAAAAGUUGUAUAUUUCAACACGCAAGACGAAUAAUUAGAGCAAUCUGCGAUCUUUCGCUAUUUCAAAUUAAUUCUCCUAUUUUGCCACAGGCUCAUAUUGCUAGCUUGUUUUCUUAUAAGAUCCAACUUUGCCACCUUUUUUGCUCUAAAAUCUCACCAAAGAAAAAUCUCUUUUCGAACUUUUUUAGUUUAUUUUUCCAUUAUUUCUCAAGAUUUGCAGGAAUAUAUUAUAUAAAAUUUUCAUUUUUCGAGUCUUUGUCGUUGAAUCGGAGCCCGCUAAAUACAUCUUCUCACGUUUUUCUUCCCGCCAAAUAUACCGUAUACCCAAUUAGAUCAAAAAUGGGCAUCUUCGCUUCAAGACCUCUGUAUUUUGCUGCCUUUUAGCAGUUUUGUAGAGAAAAAGCCGGUAUUUUUUCUGUCCUUUUAAAACGUGACCGGAAUGCACUAUAAGAUUUUUUACCUAUGUGCUCCUGGAUCUCUCCUGUGAGAGAUUUACUCAGCAACAAUGAAAGGAUAAACUGUUGAUUUUCUUACGCAAUAAACCUAAUUUAGCUGCAGUUUUCAAAAACUACUUUCAAAAAAAUUUUACGGAAACUUCUCUAUUCCAGUAUAUUCUUGUUUUUUUGGUUUUCGCUAAGAUUUUCUCGAUGAACGCUCUUCGAACGUCGUUAAAAAACAGAAAGCUUAAAGCGCAUUUUCUUUUUAAAGACUACCUAAAAUUAUAUUGUGUAAAUAAAAAAAAACUAAUUUUUAGAUCUAUCUGAAUAGCUAUUUUUCUUGUCGAAAGUAUUUAUGUCAACUCGAAAGCAUUCAACUUGGUGAAAAAAGGAUGAUAGACUUGCAGCCGAGCCGCCGUGGGAGCCACCGGCGUUUUUUACCGGGGAUGCGCAGGAGAGCGCGUUGGUCGUGCGUCUCCUCAUGAUUCUCCGUGCAGCACUUUUCGUCGUCCUCUGCGUUUCUUUCGCAGCCGCUGCCAAAAAACCCAAAGCUAAGCCUUGGUCAGUUAUCAUGUCUUUUAAAAGAAUCUCAGUAAUAGCUGAAUUUUUGUGGAUUUUUCCCGAGUGUCGUUUUUCAUCAAGAGUUGUGGUUUCCGAGAAAUCUGAGCUCCAUGAAAUAGGAUCCAGAAACUCUCCGUUUCUGAACUCAUUUCCUCCAGCUCCAACAUAAGAAAUUGAAUCGCAAUUGUUAUUAGUCGCUUGAAUUCGAACGGAGAAAUGAGUUUUGCGUCGGAACUGCUUGAAAAAAGCAAUAUAGAAAAGUUUCCUUUUUUUGUUUUCUUUUCUCAAAAAAAAGGCGAGUCUCUUCAUGGAAUCAUAAUAUAAUGAACUUCAAAGAAUUAUCAUAGCAGGGACAUUGGAAAAGUCCUUGGAUUUUUUUUUCAACAAAUAUAAAGCUUGUUAACAGUUAUCCUAUAUAAGUUUUCUAAUUUUCAAGGCAGCACGAAAAACUGAGUUUAGUGAUACAACGUUUCAAAGUGUUAUAACUUAUAAGACGAGAAAAGAAGUUUCCUGAUAAGGAACCUCUAGGUUGUAAUCGUUGAGAUUUACUUAUUUUUGCAAAUUUCUGUACAUCGAUCUAAAGCAUGUUUCAAAAUUAAACAGUGGGAAAAAUAAUCGCGUUUUUCUUCCAAGAUUAUCAUAUUUUUGAUUUUUUGAGUACCCCGUUCGAUUCGCGAUGAAAAACUCUACAAGGUACUGCUUUCACCUGAAACCCCGUUUUUUACUGCCUUUAACUGAAAUAAGUCAACAUAGUUAUAAAUUAUUGGAAGUUUUAUGAAGAGAGAAUAUAUUAAGAGGGAUCAAUUCAAUAAAAAAAAAGAUGAACAUGUCUAUGAGAGUGAAAUGUUUUUUUUUUCCGAGAGAAGAUGAACUUUGCAGCAAACGGACGGCGUUCAGCCGACACACGACCAACUACCAGGCAUGGCGGGAGCAGAUGACCGUCUGCGACCUUCUGCAGGACUACGACGCUGCCGUCCGACCCUCCGGCCGCACUCCUUACAACGAUUCCAGUUUUUCAACCGAAAAAACAAAUGAAUAUCUUUUUUGGCAGAGGGCGCAGUGAUGGUGACCACAAGCCUCGACAUCCGUUCCAUCUCAGCCGUUUCCGAGAAAAACAUGGUGAUUCAUCAAAUUCUUUCGAAAAGCUCCAAUCAACCAAACUCUCAAUAAAACUCGUCAUGCAUCUUUUUUAAAGUCUCAAGCUGUCCGAUUUAUAGGAAUUUGUUGCCCAAUUCCGUUUCCGCCAGGAAUGGUACGACGAUAGACUGCGGUUCAUCGAGCACCAGGUAAAAGACUCGUUUUUCCUUCUCAAAUUCUGCGAAAAGACUAGAACGGCGGUUCGUUAAAAUAUUUUUUCUCUGCAUUCGAUGUAGGAAUUUUAACGUUCUUUAUUACUCAUUUCUCAAAUUCUAAGCAUCCUUCAGUAGUUGUUCUUUUAAUAUUUUCAUGACCUCAGUGGCGAUUGAAAACGCAAAUACAGUUGUUUCACGGCUGGCUUGAGCCAUCGAAAAAAAGGUCCUGCCAAGAAAAAAUAAGAGAGUAAGAGAGUCCUAGAGCGCAGGCAGAACAAACCCUUUAGCAAGCUAGCCGUGAUUCGGCUUCAAAAAAACAUUUCUCAAGAAGUGACGAGUUUCUCAAGAAGUAGGCCGCAAUUCGCGUCGGAGUGGGAUCCAGCCGACUUAUGAUUUCCAUUUAGAAAAAUCGUAUAGACCGAGAUAUUUUCGUUUUUCCAAACGUCAGAGCUUUUUUGUCAGUAUAUCUUUUACCAAUUUUUUUCGACCCUGAACUCAAAUUUUGGCCAGAACCGCGGUUCACACAGAAAUAAAUAGAAAUUGGAGUGGUUUUUCGUGGAUUGUAGACUAUUCAAGUACGCUUCAGCAGUCUGGGUCUCUGAUCAGCUAGUCAUUGAGCCAAUCAACGAAGUUGAGCGACCGCGCGCCCUUUUAGAGACCUUUCAAGCCUAAUAUUUCCAAGUCUUACUACAGGGGCUUCUCUCACCUGACUAUCGCAACUUCGAAUACAUCCACGUGGCGCGGGACCAGCGUCUUUGGAUCCCCGACACUUUCUUUCAGAAUGAGCGCAACGGGUGGUAUCACAUGCUCGACCAGGAAAAUCGUUUCCUGAAAAUUCGAUCUGAUGGAAAGCUUAUAUACGACAGGAGGUAGUGACAUGUGUUUUUUCAAUUGUCCACAAGAAGUUUCUUCAGGUUAACACUAAUCUUAGCGUGUUCAAUGCAUUUGUCGCGGUAUCCUAUGGACCAUCAGAACUGCGAAAUCGCUUUUGCUUCUUGUAAGUAACAAGAGAACAUUUAGCGCGGUGCAUUUUCUUGGUUUCUUAGUGCCGAAAGCUUCGAGAUAUGAAAUGUAAAAUGGGACUGGUGAUUUGGAAGAUAAAUUGCGAUGGUUUUGUUAUUUAUUCGAGUUGCUAUCUCCCUUGGUUUCCAUAAAGGCUUCAGAUGCGUACACGACGGCUGAUAUCGAGUACAUCUGGGACACGCCGCCUAUAAUCCUUCACGAGGGCGCGAAUGGAGCUCUGCCCAACUUCGAGAUUGCCAAGCUCAUCAACGGAUCUUGCACUUCCACCACCAACACUGGUUCGUGAGUCGAUGUCUUCUGUUAUCCAGAUUAUUGUGAACCAGUUCAUUUCUGAAUAUUUCUGAUGACAAAAAAAGUUCCAAAGUUUUUACAAUGUAAAAAUACUCUUUAUUGGUGCGGCUGUCAUGUUCAGCCCUGAAGUUUUAUCAUCACGAUCACAUCCAAACGUUGAAAAGUUCGGACUCACUUAUCGUUUAUUGUAUCACUGAAUUUGUUUCUAUGAUUACAGGAACGUACUCUUGUCUGAAAGUGCAGAUCCGGCUCAACCGGGUCUUCUCAUUCUUUUUGCUCCAGCUGUACAUUCCUUCGACGAUGCUCGUCGGCGUCGCUUGGGUCUCCUACUGGAUCGACUGGAAGUCGACCGCUGCCCGUGUUCCUCUCGCUAUCAUCACUCUCCUUUCGAUGAUCACCACCUCUCAUGGUUUCCAAACUUCUUCUUAUUCUGUCUUGGAAUUCCAGAUACUCAUCCACACUACUGUAGACAAAUUUCUCAGGAAACUUGUUGAUUUCGCUUAUCAAAAUCAUCAAUUAAAAAAGAAAAAAGUUUUCCAUCCAAAAAAUCCAUUUUCCAGCAAUAAACUCGAAUCUGCCGCCUGUCAGCUACGCUAAGUCAAUUGAUAUCUGGGUUGGCGCCUGCGUAGGUAAACUCUCAUCAGAAAGAUCUCUGAUCCACAGAUUCCGUUUCCAGUUUUCAUCUUCUUCUCGUUGAUAGAGUACGCCGUUGUCAAUUACAUGGGGAUCUUGGAUGAGCACAGGUAGAAUAUGUUUGCGUGAAUGAGGAAAAGGAAUUUUUGGGGUUUCAUUCAUUUUUUUGUUUUCACACCAUUUUCUAAUUUGAAAAAGUAGAUUUAUCGUACUCAUUCAUCAUCAUGUGGGCAAUAGAUAGCUCAGGCAAAUGCGGAAGGCGGCUUGUAAUCGGUCACGUCUCUCCAAUGUAAUGGACAACGACGUGUUCGAGGCUACUUCUCCGCAAUCUGUGACGUUUAGUCCACAAGAAAAGAAGGUUCUCCACUCAAAUCUGGAAGAAAAACGAAUUGAAUACACAGAGACUCCUUCGCCGCCGACAGAAGAAGUCGUUCGAAUUGAGAGAAGACGGCGGCGACUUCGAGGCGUUUGAAAUGGCAGAACGCCGGCCGCCGCGCACAGCCGGGGUCGUCGAGGAAGGCUGGACCUUUCACGUACUCCCUGAUUCCACGAUAAGUUAAUAACUUAUUUUUUAGGACACGACAGACCUCGUCUACAUCGGACAACGGAAGCGGGUCGAGCUCGUCAGAUGGUGCAGCGUUCUUUCGUCCAGAGGCCGUGCUGAACGCAUCGACAUCAUUGCCAGGUUCGUUUCUCUAUCUGCAUAAUCAUGAUAGUUGAUAAUAAUGAUAAUGAUAAUGAUAAUAAUAAUAAUAGUUCAUUCAUUUUCCCAAAAAUGAAUUACAAAGAAAGACUUCAACGUCUCGGACUAAACACUCUUUGGCAAAGACGUUUAAAAAAAGACAUAACUGCUGCUCACAAUUUCAUUUACGGAUACUAUUGGUUCCCAUCUCCAAUCCCUUUACAAGGUACAACAAGUAGAUUGAAUCAACUGCGAGGAAAUGGUCUCAAAAUAGAGCGGCCUCUACUUUCUGACAUACACUACCGGUUCACUAAUCAAAGAGUAUUCAAUCAUUGGAAUCAUAUGGAUAGAAACAUAGUAUUUGAGUAUGAAAAAAAUAAGUUCAGAUCUAAACUUGAGAAAUGGUUUGAAAACAACAUUACAGAACUAAACACUCUUUAUCCAACAAAAAAAUAUGAAAGCUACAUAAUCGACAUUUAAAAAGAAUAACUUCAAGGUUAUUCCAAUUUACUCAAGUGGGGGGUUAACAGGACCGCGAGUCCUCUUUCCUCCAUCACCACAAGUUCCGACACAUAUGAUCCCAAAUUCUCCCUACAUCUAUUUCGUGAUAUUUAGUACUUGUGUGUGAGAAAUAAAAUAUUUUGAUUUGAUUGAUGUGACCCACAACAUCUUAUCUUACAGUAUUCCAUGAGUAACUAAAAUACAUAUUGAGAAACGAGUUUUUUUUUGUUGAUUUUUUUCCCCGAAAGACCUUUAUAUUUUUUAUUUUUUCAGAAUAAUAUUCCCUAUUGCCUUCAUGUUGUUCAACUUUGCUUAUUGGAGCAUCUACCUGGAAGAACAGCCUUCGUGAUAAAUGAAAUCGUGUAAACAUUUUUUAUCUUGCUUUCGUACUAUAAAAUAUAUUUUUUUCUUACACAGUGUUGCAUUGCAAACAUUAAAAGUAGGGCUUCAAGCCUAAAUAACGAGAAGCCGUAAAUUCGGCGACAAGAAGCUUAGAGCUCAUUCUCCAUAUCUUUCACCUCCAGUGCCAUGCGAUCGAUGCCCAGAAGAGUUCGAUCAAAUGAUCAAUCGGUUGGUUUUUUUAUCCAGUAUGUAUUCAACAUGAGUUUUUUGUGACUUUUAUCUUCUGAAUUCAAAAAAAGUUCCAAGAAAAACACAAAAAACAACAAAAAAGCGAGUCGCUUUAUGUACUCUAUUUUGACUUGACACAUUUUUACGAAAGUUUCCCUGGAUAAUCAAUGUCACUGAGUUGAUUUUGAGUUAUGUAGGACGACGAGUGUUCUACUUUCCGGGCUCUUUUUUCCAGAGGAGAGCUUCAUGUUCGAAUUCAACACACGAGAGCGCCUGAGUCGAAGUCAUGAGUUUAUGGAUUGCGCAGGAAUGUCUGAUUUGCAGACCUCGAGAUAUUCAGUGGUCCAAGGAUCCAACCCAAAUGAAACAGGAAACGGUGAAGACAUUGAUCGGCAAGUUCUCGAUGGGCCUUCCGAUUCUCGACCACGUUUGAUCGUUUGCCAGUCGAUAGUUGGUAAUGUUGAGAAGUUCAGCCGUAUCGCUUUGUGGUUGAGACUGGAAUCAUGGAUCUCGUGUUGGCCGUGCGCGAGUCAUCGACAAUCGUUCCAGUGCUUCCCCAGUUGGUUCGCCUUUUUCCUCUUGUUUCUCCAACUGAAUUUUCCGCUUCAUUUCCCAGACUCGAGGAAUAAGAGCUGCACUUUAUUCUUUUGACAGCGAGAAGAAAAAGUUUUGCUUGCGACUGCUAUCAAGAGUCACGGCGAUGGAAGAGGUCGGACCAGCCUUAGUUCCUUACUACCGACAGCUUCUGCCGCCACUGAGUAAGUCUUCUAGAAUGGCUCGAGUUUUCUUCUCAGAGACAAUCCGCCAGGCGAGAAACGACCGCAGCCACAAGAGCCAGAACGAGAAGGCACGGCAGCUGGAGGAGCUCGUUCAGGCUACACUCAACGACCUAGAAAGGACCGGCGGUCCGAGCGCCACUAUCAACCUUAAAUACAUGAUGCCGAGCUACGAAUCCUGCUUACACGGAUUGCUUUGA